UGCAGAAUGAUGACGUUUCCAAACGUGCUUAUUACUGCCUUCUUGAGAAAAAGCAUCAGAGCACUGACAGAGUAGAGCGAUGUAAUUUACUGUUUGCUCAAAGGCUAAUGUUGAGGCUGAUAACCAGCAUUUCACGAUAACUGACAUUUACAAAGAGCGUCAAAACGUGUACGUUUUCAAUAAUGUAGAGCAAAGCGAACGUACACUUUAGUAGGACCUUGAUCUUCUAGCUAUGGGGUAUGGAUACGAACGUCAACUUUUCAGAUGCUGAAUUAUAUGAUGCGAUCUUGAUAGAAGACCUGGCGCGUAUUAAUGAUUUUACCCAAAAACGGGGGUCCAACUUUUACAUCGAUUUAAGAACAACGGGACUUCUUCAUGAAAUCCUUUCAAAGGGCUUAGCAAUUCUCCCCCUCCACCUGGCUGCAUCUUACAGGAGAGUGAAGAGCCUUGAGAGCCUUCUCUCUGCCGGGGCAGACCCGGAGAUCAGGGACCAGCGAGGGCGCAACGCCCUGCACCUGGUGAUCACCCACUGGCCCACCAUCCUGGCCUCCUGGCCCAAGCCACGCACCAAGUUUGAGAUGGCCAUGAUGUCCAUGCAGCACCGGGCCGAGGCCUGCCUCAGGGUGCUCUGCAACCACGGAGUCAACAUCAACGCAGAGGUGGACAGUGACGGCCGUCACACCGCGCUUCACCUGGCCGUUCGCUACGGAGCCCUGCCCGCUAUCAGCAUCCUGGCGAGCCACGGUGCCAAAAUCAACACCAUCGACCACUUUGGGAUGAUGCCACUGCAUAUGGCUGCCGGGAUCCUCAAUACAGAGAUGACAGCCAGCCUGAUCAAGCUUGGGGCCGACGUCAACAAGGUGAUGAGUAAGUCAGGUAACAGCCCCCUCCACCUGGCUGCCCUGGCGGCGGCCAACAAGCCAGUGAAAGCCCUGGGAGUGGACCUGGGCUGUAUCAUUGAGCUGCUAGAUCAGGGGGCUGACCCGAACACAGUGAACCAUGCCGGGCGCACGGCCCUGCACGAGGCCUGUAGCGGGGGCCACGAGGCCGUGGUGGCGCUCCUCCUGAAGUAUGGAGCGGACAUCAACCAGCUGACCACCGCAGGGGAAAACUGCCUCUUCCUGUACCUGGAUCAGAAGCUCAACCUGAGGCACACCUCUCUGCUGUGGAAGCUCCUCACCAUGACCUACCCCCUGACCAUCAGCAACAGAGAUGGCCACCUGCCCAGCUCUUUAAUGCUCCCAGAGUACUUUGACCAGCGGGACCAGCUACUGAACCUGUGCCAGCAGCCUAGGAGCCUCAUGGACAUAUGUAAGAUCCACAUCUACCAACGCUAUUGGAAGAGUCAUGGUAGAGAAUGCCUGAAGCAGGUUCUGCCAGACAGCGUGCAUGACUUUGUGUUUAACCAUUGGGAAAACGCAUGUGAUGUCAUGUUUGUUAAGGAGGGUGAUGACAUCCCACCUCGGUUCCCCCGCUUUCCCAAUAUGGAGGACUUCACCAUGCCUCAAGGAGUCUAACUCCUCCUGUCCAAGGAGAUGAAGGCUACAGCAUGUUACUUUAACAUUUUAACACACAUUACCUCAACAUAUUCCAUGAAUCUCCAGAGAUAUGGAGAGGUUCACAAGUGAUCAACCUCAUCAGCGAGCCGCAAAACCUCCUUUGUUAUUAUUUGAUGGUGCACUUCUUUUUCUUAUGAAAUUAAAUCAUAUACACUUGCAAAGAACAUACCUUCAGGUCUCUAUGCAUGAUUCCUCUAGAGUGAAUGUAUUCUACACCUUGAAGUAUUUUAUGUAGAAUGCUGAGGGUUUGUUUCGUGUCCACAGCCCCAUAAGGAUCUGAAAAACAAAAGACAAAACAUACUCAUUAACAAAUUCUGCAUAAUGUAAACCUAAUCAAAAGUGAUAAAUGUUGCAUGAAAAACCAAAGCCACAAAGAGGUGCAUC